CUCGCCAUGCUCCGUCCGGGCGCGCAGCGGCUGUGGAGCCGCGGGCUGCGGGGAUCCCCCGGGCUCCCGCGCUCCGUCCGCGGCCGGGAAGGGGAGGAAAAGCUGCCUUCAUCCACAGAAGCAAAAUGGAAAGACACAGCGGAAACAGUGGUAAUCGGAGGUGGCUGUGUGGGAGUGAGUCUGGCUUAUCACCUGGCCAAAGCAGGCAUGAAAGACGUGGUCCUGCUGGAGAAGUCUGAGCUCACGGCUGGAUCUACCUGGCACGCAGCAGGCUUAACGACUUACUUUCAUCCUGGAAUAAACUUGAAGAAAAUACAUUAUUAUAGCAUCAAACUUUAUGAGAAACUGGAAGAAGAAACUGGACAGAUGGUAGGAUUCCAUCAGCCAGGUAGUAUCAGAAUUGCUACAACUCCUGUAAGGGUGGAUGAAUUUAAGUAUCAAAUGACUCGGACUGGCUGGCACGCAACAGAACAGUAUAUAAUUGAACCUGAAAAGAUCCAAGAGCUGUUCCCUUUACUCAACAUGAAUAAGAUUUUAGCCGGACUGUAUAAUCCUGGAGAUGGUCACAUUGAUCCUUAUUCUCUAACGAUGGCCCUAGCUGCUGGGGCUAGGAAAUAUGGUGCCCUUUUAAAGUAUCCUGCACCAGUAACUGCUUUAAAUCCCAGACCAGAUGGGACAUGGGAUGUGGAAACUCCACAGGGAUCCGUGAGAGCAAACAGAAUUGUGAAUGCUGCAGGAUUUUGGGCUCGAGAAGUAGGUAAAAUGAUCGGAUUAGAACAUCCUCUCAUCCCUGUUCAGCAUCAAUAUGUCAUUACAUCCACCAUACCUGAAGUGAAAGCUUUGAAACGAGAACUCCCUGUGCUCCGGGACCUCGAAGGAUCCUAUUACCUGCGACAGGAAAGGGAUGGACUUUUGUUUGGUCCAUAUGAGAGCCAGGAAAAAAUGAAAGUUCAGGACUCCUGGGUCACCAGUGGAGUCCCUCCAGGCUUUGGAAAGGAACUCUUCGAGUCUGACCUGGACCGAAUCAUGGACCAUGUUGAAGCUGCCAUGGAAAUGGUUCCAGUCUUGAAAAAGGCUGACAUCAUAAACAUCGUCAAUGGUCCUAUCACCUAUUCUCCUGACAUCUUGCCCAUGGUGGGGCCCCAUCAGGGGGUUAGAAACUACUGGGUAGCUAUCGGCUUUGGAUACGGCAUAAUCCAUGCUGGCGGAGUAGGGAAGUACCUCAGUGACUGGAUCCUGCAGGGAGAGCCUCCUUUUGACCUGAUAGAAUUGGAUCCUAAUCGCUAUGGCAAAUGGACCACACCUCAGUACACCGAGGCCAAAGCAAGAGAAUCAUAUGGAUUCAACAAUAUUGUCGGCUACCCUAAGGAAGAACGAUUUGCUGGGAGGCCAACUCAGCGCAUCGGUGGACUCUACAAGACCCUGGAGUCUAAGUGUUCCAUGGGGUUCCACGCGGGUUGGGAGCAGCCGCAUUGGUUCUACAAACCAGGCCAGGACCCUCAGUACAAGCCAAGUUUUUACCGCACAAACUGGUUUGAGCCUGUGGGCUCUGAGUAUAAACAGGUUAUGCAAAGAGUAGGGGUGAUUGACCUGUCACCAUUCGGCAAGUUUAACAUCAAAGGCCAAGACUCCAUUAGAUUGCUGGACCAUCUCUUUGCAAAUGUGAUUCCAAAGGUGGGUUUUACAAAUAUAAAUCACAUGUUAACGCCCAAAGGUCAAGUGUAUGCUGAGUUGACUGUUUCUCACCAGUCUCCUGGGGAGUUUCUAUUAAUAACAGGUUCUGGAUCAGAGCUUCACGAUCUCAGAUGGAUUGAAGAGGCAGCAGUCAAAGGUGGCUAUGAUGUGCAAAUUAAAAACAUAACCGAUGAACUUGGAGUCCUUGGAGUUGCAGGACCACUUGCAAGGAAGGUCCUUCAGAAACUGACCUCUGAAGAUCUCAGUGAUGAUGUUUUCAAGUUUCUUCAAACCAAGUCUUUAAAGAUGUCCAGCAUUCCUGUCACUGCUAUUAGGAUUUCUUAUACUGGUGAACUGGGUUGGGAGCUGUACCACAGUCGAGAAGAUUCUGCAGCCCUUUAUGAUGCUGUCAUGGAUGCAGGCCAGGAGGAAGGAAUUGACAAUUUUGGAACAUAUGCCAUGAAUGUCUUAAGACUGGAGAAAGCUUUCAGAGCCUGGGGGUCAGAGAUGAACUGUGAUACAAAUCCCUUGGAAGCUGGACUGGAAUAUUUUGUCAAGUUAAAUAAGCCAGCAGACUUCAUAGGAAAGCAAGCACUGAAACAGAUUAAAGCCAAGGGGCUGAGACGGAGGCUGGUCUGCCUCACCUUGGCAACGGAGGAUGUGGACCCAGAGGGAAAUGAGAGCAUCUGGUACAAGGGCAAGGUGGUUGGCAACACAACAUCUGGAAGCUACAGUUACAGCAUCCAGAAGAGUCUGGCUUUCGCCUAUGUCCCUCUUGAGUUAAGUCAAGUGGGACAACAAGUGGAGGUUGAACUAUUAGGUAAAAAUUACCCAGCAACCAUCAUACAAGAACCUUUGGUAUUGACAGAACCAGCCAGAAACCGGCUUCAGAAAAAUGAUAGAAAGGACAAACCUUGAAGAAGACUAUUACCAGUCAGCUGGAUUAUAGUUGUUAUAUGACUAUACUUGAAAUUACUGUAAUUGGUUCCUGGGGAAUAGAGUAAACCAAGAAUUCAUUUCAAAAUCAUCGAAGUCUAGAUUUAGAAUCUUAAUAAAACUUUUCCCUUAAUUGUGUUCUAAGCAAGAUAGAAUAACUCAUUAGUAAUUUACAUUGUUCUUCCAGAUGAAGAAAUUUAAAAUAGAUGCUUUUUGUUACCCCAUAUUUUUGUUUAUGAAACCAAAUCAGCAAAACAUUAGGUGCUUGUCAAUAUACAUUCGUCAUAGUAACUGAAUAAAAGGAUUUAUAUAAUUUUUGGAACAUAGCAUCUGGUUGGUAGCUGAAAACAAAAUUAAUAAAUUAUCUUGCAUAUAAAAACAAAAGCAAUCUUAUUGAUGGGUUUACUUCAUUGAGAAGUCUUUCCCGAGUUGAAUAAGUGAUAGUACUAAUUUUCACAAUAUAUCUGUGAUAAAAUUAGUAAAAUU